CUGGGGCUCGCUUGAAGGACGGGAGGGGCACCCGCGCUUGCGCUUGCUCGCUCGCUGGGUCCCGCAACCGAUCUGACGCCUCGUCGAGGUUGGUCAAAGGGAAGCCAGCUGCAGGCCCGAUUCCGUUCCGAGACCAAGCCACCUCGCCUCGACCUUCGCAGCGCUCGCCGUCAACGCCGUGUCUCCCGCCCGUCCUUCUGUUCUCCCGUUGUCCCGCCCUGGUGUGCCGACACAAUUGGGCCCGUGCCCUGGCGCAAUUGGCCGCCGCUCGCGCUCGUGCUUCGCAUCGCAUGCCUCUCUUAUGGGUGCCUUAUCGCCCGCUCGAUCGAAACAUGGGAGGAUUCGGAUACCAACAAAUAUCGUAGACUCGAACCAGGCGCCGACCCUUUGACCUUUUCCGAGCGAAUGCCCCGUGCCCGCCAUGGCCGCGACUCGAUACUCUUCGAAUGACCUGCGUCGUCAGGUCGGUUCGCCGAGGUCCAAGGGUCGAGAGAACAAGGACACGCUUUGUCGGAACAUUCUCAUAUAUGGAAAUUGUCGCUAUGAGGAUCAGGGAUGCACCUUCAACCAUGACCAGAACAAGAACCCUCCCCCCCAGGGAGAUGUUGUCAAGAAGGCGUUCAACGUCGAUUCUCCGUCAUUUACGCCCGCGAGCCAGCAGUCCGCGCCGGCUAAGAAAUCUACUCUUUCCUCACAGGCCGCAAGUGCCGCUCCAUUCACCCCUCGUGGUGUAGGCACGCCGAGCCUGCCGCAGACCGUCGAGCCUUCGGUGUUUAACCCCGCAGCCAUCAGGGAGUUCACACCACAGAACUACGACAUCAGCAACACGAACACCAACGGGGUGACUCAGGAUAAUGGGCUGUACAAUGACCCCUUUACAGCUAUGGGAUCCAUGGCCUCAGCGCUGCCCGCCGCCGGCCAGUUCAAUCUGUAUGCCGCCGAGCACAACGCUCUCACCGCUUCUGGAGCGCAAUUCUACCCCCAGCACGGGGCGUUUCCCACGGCCCCCCUACAACCACCCAACUACCAUCUCUAUCAACCAUUCGAUACAUAUCGGCAAGAUCUGCAGCCGUGGCAACGGGCAACCUAUGAUUUCUUCAUGCCGGCCAAGAUGCGGGAAGAGAUCCAGAGGAAGAUGUUUGCCACUCAGCAGGUGAUGCCAAAUUCCGGGCUGCCUCAACUUGAGCGCUGGCACUCUCUGUUUCCCCUGGACACCAACAACAGAAAGAACACUUCCUCUUUUGGCUACCCGAGUUGGGUAUACAAGGCUCAGAAUAGCCGAACUGGGUCGCACUACGCCCUACGAAGGCUUGAAGGUUACCGUUUGACCAACGAGAAAGCUAUUCUUUCCGUCAUGAAGGAGUGGAAGAAGAUCAAAAACGCCAGUAUCGUGACGGUUCAUGAAGCGUUCACCACGAGGGAGUUCGGCGACAGCUCCCUCAUCUUCGCAUACGACUACCACCCCCUGUCGAAAACGCUGCAAGAGCAACAUCUUCAGCCCGCUCACGGCAACCGGUAUAGAGCACCCAGCGCCGUUCCGGAGAAUGUCCUCUGGGGAUACAUUUGCCAAAUCGCCAAUGCACUCAAGACCAUCCACUCGAACAAGCUCGCAGCCCGGUGUCUUGAGCCCAGCAAAAUCAUCCUCACGGAUCACAACCGCAUUCGACUUGCUGCGUGCGCCAUCUUGGACGUAGUGCAGUUCGAGAUCAACACCAAGACUGUUCAGGAGUUGCAGCAAGAGGACCUCGUCAAGUUCGGGAGACUGGUGCUCUCCCUUGCCACGGGCGCUCCUCCAGCGCACCUCAACAACAUUCAAGCGGCUCUCGACUCGCUGGGUGCGAAAUACUCGGCAAACCUCAGAGACGCAGUGGCCUGGCUCAUAGCGCCUCCAAAUCCGGGCGAGUCCAAGAGCAUUGACAACCUCAUCAGCGGCGUUGCCACGCACAUGACGACCUUCUUCGAUCUCAGUCUCCAAGACAAUGACGAGAAGCAGUUCCACCUCGCCAAGGAAUUGGAAAAUGGCCGGGUGGCCCGCAGCGUCAUGAAGCUCAUGACCGUGGUCGAGCGCGGGGACCUCGGUGGCACGCAAGCCUGGUCGGAAACGGGGGAUCGGUACCAGCUGAAGCUCUUCCGGGACUACGUGUUCCACCGCGUCGAGGCCGAUGGGAAGCCGAAUCUGUCGAUUGGACACAUGCUCACCUGCAUGAGCAAACUCGAGGCGGGCGUCGACGAGAUGGUGGCCCUGACCAGCCGCGACAACGAGACGGUCUUUGUGCUCACCUACCGUGAGCUCAAGAAGAUGUUCGACCGUUCGUUUAACGAGCUCGUGAAACACAGCAAGACCGGCGCUCCUGGAGCGAACAACUAGGCGGUGCGCCCCGUUGAGCGCGGUGGCCUCAGAUUGGACGGCUCCCGCCUCAGGUUGUCCUUACAUCUCGCCUCGGGUUGUUCUUACGACGGCAACUCGCCAGAGCAAGCCCCGUUGUACACAGCCUAAUCGGACAGGGGGCUGUCCUGCUGAAGGAUUAUUCGGUACGCGCAGCGGUCAAUAUCAGGUGGGAAAGCAGGCUGGAUCGAUGAUUCUCGCCCAAGAAGGGGGGCGCUGGUUAUU